AUGGAGGAAAACUACUUUAGGGCUGUUUUCCCACAUCCAGAAACUGUCGCGCCUAGGCGCCAGCUUCACAGGACACUGGUGCUUAGUGUCUUAGGCGCCAGACUUGUGGUUUCUGCUGUAGACCCACAACCAGGAGAAACCAUAUUUGAUUGCUGUGCGGCGCCUGGUGGAAAGGCUAUUUUUAUGGCGUCUUGUUUGAAAAAUGAAGGUAGAAUAUGGGCAAUUGACUUAAAUAAAGCUCGCUUGAGAGUGCUAAAAGAAGCAUCGAAGUUACACAGUGUAGAUACCGUUAUCACCACCAUCCACGCUGACCUUCGUCUUUUUUGUGUAAACCAUCUUAUGAAGGCUGAUAAAGUAUUGUUGGAUGCUCCUUGUUCUGGGCUGGGUGUUUUAUCCAAGAGAGCGGAUUUGAGGUGGAAUAGAAGAUUAGAAGACUUGGAGCAGUUGAAGAAUUUACAAGAUGAACUUCUUGAUUCUGCUUCCAGGUUGGUAAAGCCUGGAGGGAUUCUAGUUUAUAGCACCUGCUCCAUUGAUCCCGAAGAAAACGAGCAGAGGAUUAAGGCAUUUCUUCUCAGACAUAGGGAAUUUGCUGUGGAUCCUGUACAUAGAUUUGUUCCUGCUGGGUUUGUCGAUCUUAACGGCUUCUAUAAAUCUGAUCCAAUCAAGCAUUCUAUGGAUGGCUCAUUUGCAGCUAGACUGAUCAGAUCUGCGGACAAUUUCUUUUAAUUGCUAAGGGUAUAUGCUUGGGGUAGCCGCAGUUUAUUAAUAAGCAGUUGAUCCAGAUAAGUUGUGGAUUAGCAGCUAAUUCAGAUAAGCUAGUUAGUUGUUUGGUUUGUGUUGUUGGAAAACAAUUGUUUUGCAGUUGUUUAUGAAUAAAUGAUUAUUUUACCCUUGUGCAGUAAUGUUGUUUGCAAGAGCAGUGU